GGGGCGGCGGACGCUCCCCCUUCCCCCUGGCUCCAGCCGGCGCAGGCAGCAGUGGCGGUGGCAGCAGGCGAGGUUCUGCGGCCCUGCGAGGCCAUGAAGGUGAAGAAGGGCGCCAGCGGGACCGGGCCGGGGGCGGAGCCCGUUCCAGGGGCCUCCAACCGGAGUGUGGAGCCCACGCGGGAACCUGGAGCGGAAACCGAGUCUGGGUCCGAGUCGGAGCCGGAGCCAGGCCCGGGGCCCAGGCUGGGGCCGCUGCAGGGCAAGCAACCCAUCGGGCCGGACGACGUGCUGGGGCUGCAGCGGAUCACUGGUGAUUACCUGUGCUCCCCUGAGGAAAAUAUCUACAAGAUUGACUUCGUCAGGUUCAAGAUCCGGGACAUGGACUCAGGGACUGUCCUCUUUGAAAUCAAGAAACCCCCUGUCUCGGAACGGUUGCCCAUCAACUGGCGGGACCUGGACCCCAAUGCAGGGCGCUUUGUUCGGUACCAGUUCACACCUGCCUUCCUCCGCCUAAGGCAGGUGGGAGCCACGGUGGAGUUCACAGUGGGCGACAAGCCGGUCAACAACUUCCGCAUGAUCGAGAGGCACUACUUUCGAAACCAGCUCCUCAAAAGCUUUGACUUCCACUUUGGCUUCUGCAUUCCCAGCAGCAAAAAUACCUGCGAGCACAUUUAUGACUUCCCGCCUCUCUCAGAGGAACUGAUCAGCGAGAUGAUCCGCCACCCAUAUGAGACACAGUCUGACAGCUUCUACUUUGUGGAUGACCGGCUGGUGAUGCAUAAUAAAGCAGACUAUUCCUACAGUGGGACACCCUGACACCUUCCCCCCCCCAUCCCCCACUGCCCCUGCCUAUGAGGCUCUGGCCUGGACCUUGUGCUGUGACU